AUUUGCCAUCCAACAUGCAAAAUUACGACAAUUUAAAAAGAGAUAUUGAAGAAAGUUUAUUCUGUAUUGAAAUUAGAGUUUAUCGAAAGACUAAUGGUGUCAGACAUGUUGGAUUUGCUAUUUUUAUUGAUAAUAAAUGGAAGUAUACCCUGGAUUAUGAGCCAGUUCAUUAUGUAUUGGGACUGUUUGGGUCAAGAGCACAUUUUGUAAUAAAUGUGGUUUCUGAUGAACCUAGAAAAAUGAAAACUGAUGGAGUACAACAUAAAUAUACUAGAAAUGAAUAUAAAUGGAGAGAAAAAGCCUUAUCUAAAAUUGAUGAGCUUUUAAAACCAAUAAAUAAGACUUACAGACUUCUUAGUACUAAUUGCUCAAAUGAAAUUAAACAAAAGUUAAAUAAUGAUGAUCCAGCUGGAAAGCAAAUUCAUAAAGAAGCAGCAACCAUUCACACAAGUAUGAUCGCUACUUCAUUUGUUGCUCUCAGUUCGGCUGUAGUAAUCGGUGCAGGAGUACUGAUAUCACAUCUUGCAAAACAAGAUAAAGAAAAAAACCCCAAACGUAUCGCAAGGCGUUGAUCGCAAUAAUAUGAUUUUUUCAAAAUUAUCCAAGUGAUUACAGUGAUGAUUAUUAUUGAUGUAGAAUACAAAAAUUGUAAAAUUUUAGCCCUUAUGUUUUUUAUUAAUGUAAAAUCUCAUUUAACUUAAAUUUAAGCCAAUUCAGCUUAUAAUUCAAGAGCAAUUAUAUAUUAAGAAUAGUGGUUAUGACCUUUGAACAACCACAAGGUUGUGGUUAUAAGUCUUAACUCUAUUUUUUUUUGUUAAACUGUAGUAAAAAUAAUGCAACAAUAAGAGGAUGCUAAGUGUAGGUGAGGUGCGAAACUGUAUAAAAUGAAUAUCUGCUGAACAAUUGAUCUAAAAUGGAAGAAAUGAGAAAAACAAAAAUCGGAAAUGGAUUAUUAAAGAUUUUUGAUAGAUUUCUCUAUUCUUCAAAUACCUUAAAACUAAUUGAUUUUGGUUCUUGUAAUUUAACUGUACAUCAGCUUUGUUAAAUUAUACAUGAGGAAUCACACUCUAUCAGUUAAAAUCCAAUACAGUACACAGAUAACUUAUCUAAAACUUUUUAAGGUUAUCAGUGAAAUUUUAUGAAAGCAGUCCA